GAUAGGGUCCCACAAGUGAGGGAGCGAAAGAGAGAGAGAGAGUGUUCCCCCCUCCUGAACACUCAACUACAAUUCCUUUUACAUCGACUCCCCCCUGCUGUAUUUUGAGGAAUAUUGGAUUACUUUCCGCACCGGAGCACUAACCGAGCACAUCCAGGGAUGGUCAGGUGGUACUUUGGUGUUGAAGUGUGAGGUGAACCAUGAAGCUGUACUUGAGGCUGGCCACUUGCAGAGACAGCAGCCACACAGUGUACAGCAGGAUCGACUUAGGCCCCAUCAGCAUGCAGCUGGGUCCUCAGUAAGGACAAGUGGACCUGGUCCUCUCCUCUUCACCUGGGGCCAGGGCUGCAGAAUGCUCAGUCCUGCCACCCCAUACAGUCUAUUGAAGAUGCACUGGUCUCCGGAGCACGGCGCCCCUUUAUCUCAGUGGCCUGAGCAGCACCUAGAUGUGACAUCCACCACCUCCCCACAGUCUGCCCACAAACAAGACCCCUAUAGUACUGCUGCCCGGCGCACCUAUGCCCCUGCUGGGUAUCCUUGGGCCAGUGACGACAUAUCUGCUCUUACGGCUUCUUCGCUGCUCAAGCGAUAUGCGGAGAAGUACUCAGGUCUGGAGUUGUCAUAUGAACGCCCUGCUACAGGCGCCUACUCUGAGUCUGGAAGUUUCCUAAAAACUGAAACCGAGCCCUGGGCUCUGAGCCAAGGCAUGGAUUGCUACCCCGGACUUGAGGCACUAACUGGCUCCAAGGUGGGGUCUGCCUCUGUAGGAAUCCCGGCCACAGGAAGUGUAACAUUAGUGAGUAGUAACUUGGUCACGGAACCAGGCUAUGGUGGCACUACGUCCUGCAAUGCCCCAUCAUCUCAGGAAUAUCCUCCUGCCUACAACAGCACCUAUCUGUCGCCCGGAUACUGCCCUCAGCCCAGUGCAGCACUUCCACCUGCCCCUCUGCACACCUUGCAGCCAACCCCUACUCUAGUGCCAAGCUACAGCACCCGCACUCCGGUCUACAACUACCCACCGGGUUGCUACCCCCAAACCAGCCUUUCUUCUGGAUACAGCCACCCCAGUGCCUCCUAUCUUCCCUCAGGAAUUAGUGCUCCCACACCUCUAGCCCCUCGGCCUACCGUGGUCGGAGGUAGUUAUAGUUACCCAUGCCACAACCUUGGAGGGAGCACUGAUGGAGGUCUUAAACGCAAGGCCUUUGAGAUGACAGAUGAAGUACAGGAGGAGGUAGAAGCAGAGGGAUCACGCUACAAAAAGUAUGGCAACGGUCCAGGAAACAGUCACAGCAAAGGUAGCGGUAAUAGCCAGGCCAAUGGCUAUGACGUUAGCCGUCCUGCCAACGACCAGCAGGCCUACAAACCUGGAAAGCCCCUGAUUUCACCUCCAUACAACAGAGCAGGGAACUAUAGCCCACCGUCAGGCCUUGCAAGGGAAAGCGUAACAGGGGAGCACAGCUUUUCUCAGCAGCAAAGAAUGUCUGUGAAGAUACCUGCAUCUCACACACGAGCUGAGGACACCACUGGUGGCCACUGAUGAUGCCAAUCAACAUCAGGGAGGAGUACCUAAAGACUGAGGGGUACUGGAACAACACUGACUUGUUCUGCAAAAGGUGUAAUCUCUCUGGCAAACACAAGAGGGCACAAGACUUCUAUUUCUUGUGGAUGUCCAUCAUUUGUCUUUCUUCAUAUUUUUCCAAAGAUUCACAAGUGUUAGGUUGAGCUAUUCUCUACAUAGACAGUCUAAAUAUCAGAGUGUCUCUUUCUCUCAGGAUCUUAUCUAUUUCCUUUUGGCUACUUAGCGUUGUUUAAGAAGUUGGUGUACUAAUUUGUAGCCAUUAUUUAUGUAAAAAGGCCUUUGACUGCAAAAAUGCUCUUUGGCACCACAAAAUGACCAAAAAGGAAAGCAAGCAAUAACUAAAAUGUUGAGAUUGCCGUUCUACUUUAGCAUAAUCACUGAUAAAUCUGACUGCAGGCCUUGGUGUGUCAUUGGGCCUUGGGAGAUUAAUAUCAUAGUUCUCUCUCCACCUCCUUUUGCAUUUAUUUCCUAUCGUGGAGACGUAUCUUUUCUGCUCAACAACAGUCGAUGCUUAAAUAAACAUACAGUGCUGUGAUAAAAUAUUUGUUACAGAUUUCUUUAAGUUUUACAUUUGGCAAUAGUGUUUCAGGUCAAUUAAACUCUAAAUAGCACAAUAACAAUUUCAAAAUGUUGAUUUCAUUCAUUAGAGGAAAAAAACUAACCAACCUGAUUCUUUCUGAAAAACUAAUUCCCCAUCACCUUUUUGUACAAUCAACAAAAAUAACAAGAACUAUUAAGAAUUUGCUUUGAGGUUAUAUAUAUAUGUGUAUAUACUGUAUAUCGCUGUAUACAUACAGCGAUACUGUAUAUCGCUGUAUGUAUAUAAUUUUGGCCCACUCAUCUUAGAUUGUGUUUAAUUCAGUCACAUUGUAGUGCUUUAGAGCUUGUAGACUUUGUUUAAGGUAGUGCCACAGCAUUUCAAUAAGAUUCAAGUCUGGACCCCAACUAAGUCACUCUGUUGUCUCUUUUUGUUAGCCUUUUGGACAGUGUGCUUUGGAUCACUGUCCUGCUGGAAAACCAAAAUGCACAUGAUCUUAAGGUUCCAACCUGAUAGCUGGACUUUCUCCUUCAGGAUGUACUGCUGAAUAGCAGAGUUCAUUGUUCCAUCAGUUAUAGCAUGGUUGGUCAUGCUAUAAUGACCAGCAGUCACUAUGCUUGACUGCUGGUAUAAUGUUCUUUGUAAGAACACCUUACAAAGGUUCCAGUUUUGUCUCCUUGGUGAGCAGAAUACUCCCCAGUUUUGUUUAUAAGCAAUCUGAUAUCUUUGGACUGCAGUGGUUUUGACUUUUUUUUAUCCAGUUCUUUUCUUAACUUAACUUAUGAACACUGAUCUUCACUGAAGCAAGUGAAUCCUUUACAUGCUGUUUUAGGUUCUUAUGUGACCAUUGUUGAUGCACUUUGGAGUAGUUUUGGUAGGUUAGCAACUCCCUGGAAGGCUGGGCUACUUUUCUAUGUUUUCUCUAUUGUUGAUGAUGACACACUGUGUGUCCCUGGAGUCGUAAGACCUUUUGUUCCCCAUCUGUUCCUGAAUUUCUUUAGAUCGGGGGGAAUGGUGUGUAGCUUUUUAAUAGAGUAAUCAUGUCCUCAGACAGAUUCUUUUUAACUGAUUUCUUGAUUGUACAGGUCUGGUUGUGACUGGAGAAAUUGAACCAGUAAUAGUGGAUAAUCACAUUUAAUUAAUAGGCUAGCAGAAAGGGAUAAAUUGAUUUUUACAUAGGCCCAGGUUGAUUUGGACAACUUGAACCAGUAAUAGUGGAUAAUCACACUUAAUUAAUAGGCUAGCAGAAAGGGAUAAAUUGAUUUUUACAUAGGCCCAGGUUGAUUUGGACAACUUGCUAUAAUAAAUGAAAUCUUCAUAAAAUCAUUAUUCUGAAUUUACUCUGGUUGUGUUUGACUAAUAUUUGAACUAUUCAAGGGAGAAUACUUUGUCAUAGCACUGUAUAAAAAACCUUCAGCAAUAUACAUGAAGUCACUGUUUAAGCUUAAUUCUAUUACCAAUGAUUUAAGAUUUUAUUUUCAUUCGAAUGUAUUUAGCAUUCAAAAAAUUGCUAGACACAAAUAUCUGCAGGUUGUCUUCUAAUGGUGUAGUUACCAGGCACAUUUGUGGUAAGCUUAAGAAAACAUUAAUAGCAUCCAGUUUACCAUCCAAUAAAGGUUGUUUAUUGUAUGGAUGCUCUUCAUGCAGGUUCCAGUGCCUCAAACACUUUCUGCUCAACAUUAUAGUCUUUAUGAAGAAUUGCCUGCUUAUCUGCUUUGAUUUACUCUUUUUAAUAUGCAAUCUCUUUACUUAACCCUAUUAGAAGGAUGAUUUAUAGACAUGUUAUUGAAAAACUCAGGAAGAAUAUUGUUACCUCAGAAUGAUAAAAGUAAGAAUGUAUGUUAUAACCUUAGGGUGUUGGUAGCGAGCUUUAUGGAGCAAGAUGGUGAAAGAAAACAGAGCCAUGGCUAAAAACUUCAGGGAAACCACAAACGUUCAUGCCUUCAGUAAUAUAAAAUGUCAGCAUGCUCACACAAUUGCACACAUAGGAAAACACAAUCCCAUCCAUUUUAUUGCUCUGGGAAACUUGAAGUUUUCUUACCAAGGCCCGAAAUGUUGAAUGUAAUUCAGAUAUUUUUUUUAAGGACAAUACAUGCCAUAAUGUACAUCAGUGAUGUUUUUUAGAUAUAUAAAACAUAUUUUCUUUGUGUAUAGCUGUAAUUCUCCUAUAGGUUUUGGUGGAAAAAUUUAUGCUAUGUUAAGUGUUAGUGUAGUUAGUGUUAGGGAAAAGGUUUUGCAGACCAACUUUGUCAAAACAAAGCACUCCUGGUAAAAAAAAAAAACCCAACAAAGACAAAAACAUUUCCAUAUAUCAACAUCUACAUCAUGUUGGAAUGCUUGCUAAAUGUCUUAAUUAAAAGUUAGCAGUUCACUGUAACUUUUUUCAAAUUUGAAUCAAAAUCUAUAAAAAAAUGUUUGAAAAGAUGUCGCUCUAGAAGUUUUUUGGUGAUAUUAUCUUGCAAGAGUGGGAUGAGACUUUGCUGUCUCCUUAAACACUCAGACAUCAGAAACUCGACCGUUUUUUAAAAAUCAAACUUGUGUUAAAAUGUCGCAAACAAAUCCUCUUUAAACAGAGCUCUGUACUAUUUUUAAGAAAAAAAUACAGAUGUUAAGAAUGGAUGAAAGCAACUUGACUAGACUUUUAUAAAUUUCAAGCUCUUAGCUAAAAGGACUAUACGCUCUUCAGUGCCACACAAACUGCAUGUUUUAUAGUAGAAUAUGCACAGCAGCAAUUAUUUCAAUUUUUUUGUUUCUCUGAUGCAGAGAAGGAUGUGGAGUCAAAUCUGAACUUCUGUUAUCUUUUUAAUUCACUCAUCAUUUCUUCUACAUUCUCCUAAACUGUUUCUACCUCAUUUUUAAGACAUUGUACGUGGCAGUAUUUAUUUCAUGUCAUUUUUAGAUGCCUGCAUAAAGAGCAAUGUUUUUUGCUGUUGACCUGUUUAAGUCUACCUCACUACCGACUGUUCUGUCAUGUUCUAUCAGAUGAAAAUACACAAAAUCAAAUCAUGCUUGACUUUCUUUGUUUUUUUUUUUUUCUUUGAAAACAAGAAGGGGUUUGGUUCAUUCAUACAACUUUUUUUGUGAUAUAAAAGGACUUUUCAGUGUUUCUCUUUCUUGAUUUUUAUUUAACUAAUCACCGAGCUAGCUAACACAACUUGAUAGCUAACAAUUUCAAUAGCUACUGUAAUUGUCAGUUUAAAUAAUACCAAUACUUCUGAAAACCUUACUAAUUCAUCUGUUAUUUUCUUCUACAACUCACACGAUGGAACUAUAAUACUGACAUGCACAGUGUAAAAAUAUUCAAAACCCUUUGUCCCAUCUGUCUGUCAGUUAGGACUAGUAAAAUAAUAUAUAUUUUCCAUAGUCACGAGAGAAAGAUUUUCUUAAUGUAACUAUACAGUCAGAGCUAUGUACAUAGGAAUGGUUUAGAUCCAAGCAGAGGCUGGUACAACAUUAACAAGAAAUCAUACUGAUCCCAUGACUCAAAAUAAAUGUUGAAUUUUC